GACAAGAAGAGUGACAGGUUAGACAUUCGACGAAUUUUCCACCAAGACAAAUGAAAAGUACCGGUGUGUUUUGAGGGGUGUGGAACUUUCCUUUAAAUGUUCACCCACCCCCACACACACAAAACACACGCACACACACACACACACAAAACACACAUACACACACACUGUUGUGGUGUUCUCCGCUGCAGAAACAGCACUUCAGGAGGGGAACCGCGCGCGCGUGUGAUUCCGGGGUGGUUACACAAUGUGUCACUAAGAUGACAGAAAAGCAGAAGGGCAGUGGCAGGAAAAAAAACAUGAGCUAACGGUUUUAUGUCACUAGGCAGAAAAGUAGUCGGUCUGACUUUGGUUACAAUCCUCAGGGAUAGAAGUUUAAAAUGAAAUGAUCCGUAAAGCACGUGAAGGAUUCUUGGAACAAACAGUCACCUGGUGAGAGAAACAAGAUGGACGCUAACUUCACGGAAACGUUAGAAGAGUUUAUGGGAAGUGCACUUGUUACAUGGGUGCAUCUCUUUGAGGACAUGGCUGGUGAUGAAGGCCAGGACUACAUGGAAGUCAACUCCAACUCCCAUAAUGCACUAAGGCAGUACCUGCGCCUCACUAAUGGAAUCUACCUCAAUGAAGUCAUGAGAAUCAUUGAUCCUAAUCCGAAGGUAGAGCAGAUCUAUCACAACGUGGGCGAUGACAAGAUUCUCCGAGUUCAAAACUUCUCCAUCCUCAACCGGCACCUCAGGUCUUACUAUCAGGAAAAUCUUCAGCAGUUGGUUUUGAUGCCUCUUCCCAAUGUAGCAGUUUUGGGGCGAGAUCCCCUCACAGAGGGAGCUGUGGAAGAGCUAAGAAGGUUGUUGCUGCUGUUAUUAGGAUGUGCAGUUCAGUGUGAGACGAAGCAAACAUUCAUUCAGCAGAUCCAGUCACUCAACAUUGAGACACAGGCAGAACUCGCUCUCUGUAUACAGGAGGUGACUCAGGACCCGAGCGCAGUCCUGCCACUGCAAUAUGGAGAGGUGUGUGCACUGGAUGGCCUGGAAUUACAGACACUGCUCGUUUCCCUUGCUCGGCAGAUCCAGAGCCUCCUGGCUCAGAGAGACACACAUCUAGAGAGAAUAGCAGAGCUGAGUCUGCAGUGUGAGUCAGUUUCGUCCCCCACAGCACCCCCUACAGGCCCCUGGCAAAACGCUCCUGAGGGACUGUCCAUCCAACUGGCAGAUAGCAAAGCCAAAUUACGCAGACUCAAGCAGGAACUGGAGGAUAAAGAAGAUCAAUUAAUUGAUUACAAGCGAGAAAUACAAACUAUGGAAGAGGAACUAAAGAAACUGCAGUGUGAGAACCGAGCACUGCAGGGCGAGGUUCGUGUCAGUCGGAAUCUGCGAGACGAAGUGGACUGUCUGCGUGAGCGUGCAAGCAGAGCAGAGCAGCUACAGAUGGAGCUGAAGACCUGCACACAUCGUCUGCGCAGCAUGGAGCUCUACCGAACUCAACUGAAGGAGCAGCAGCAGUACUGCGCUUCACUGCAGGAGAACAAGGCCCUGCUGGAGGAGCAACUGGAUGACGCACGAGCCCGAUGUUCUGCCCUACGGGAACUGGAAAAAGACAAUCUUUUGCUCAGACAGAAACUCAUGGACUUGGAAGUGGAGCGGGAUGUGGAGAGGCAGAGGGUCGACGAGCUGCUGGAGAUGAAUAUGAGUCUGCAGAUGGAUCUGAAGCGCCCAUCUCAUUCUGCUGAUGUCACACCGAGAGUGACUCAUUCGCAUGUCCUCUACUCUGAGCUGGAAUCUGAUGAAGAGCUUCAGGAACCCAAAACCCCUGAACAUCAUGAAGUGGACCUGAAACCACUGAGUGUAGAGGUGAAUGAGGCAUCCUCGCUAAGGCUUCUGGGAGCUGAAAAUGAAAAUGCGGAACUGAGGAGACGACUGGAGCGCCUGCAAGCCGAGCAAGAGGCUCUGCAGACAAACUCUCCUGAGGUGACAGAGGCUCUUCAGAGACAGACAGACAGACUCAAACAACUGGAAGAAGAGCACCAGAAAACCCUCAGAGAAUUUCAGAACCUGAAGAAUGAAAAUACCAAUCUAAAGAGAAGCCUUGAAGAGCUGGAGAAAAUCAGACUCCAUGAAAAGCAGAAGGAGAGGUCAGCUGGAGAGGUGGAGAGAGAGAUCCCAAGAGGGGAGUGUGAAGGAAAAGACACGAUAAAAGAGGAGGAGGCAGACAAAAAGGAGAAGAAGAAGGAGGAGCUGAUGAGAGCACAGAGGGAGGAUGGAGAAGGAGAGGAAGUCCUCCUCAAAGAGAGAAAAGAGGAGACUAAAAAUGAUAUAGACACAAAAGAAAGGGGAGAAGCAGAAGGAGAGAAAUGGACAGGGACAGGUAAAGAUAAAACUGAAAGCAUGACACCAAAGGAGGAAAGCAAAUCAGAUGAUCAGAUACCCAUACAAAAAGGAAAACAAGAAAAAGAAGUGAGAGAGCUGGAGGUGGAGGUGGAUAAACUCCACAGGGAGAUCUACUCUCUAUCCACUCAGCUGCAGCAGGCGGUGGAGGAGGCGGAUCAGCAGGCAAAUCUGGUCCAAGAGCUGCACUCCAAACUGGGAGAGCAGACUAAGAAGACUCGGGAGACGGAGCAGAAACUGGCUCUUCUGGAAGUCGAGAGCCAGAGACUGAGGAAAGCAGCAGAGAGCCUCACAGAGGCCAGGAAACAGAUAGAGAUUUUGCAGUGUGAAUCCAUGCACCAGGAGGAGGAGCUGAUGCGUCUACGCGGUCAGGCAGAGCUGCAGAAGAUGGAGGCUGCAGUUAUUCCUCAGCUAGAGGGAGAGAGAGCUGCACUGGAGAGGGAGAGAGAAACCCUCAAGGCUACCAUAGAUUCUCUUCGGGCCUCAGUGCGCAAGGGUGAUCAGCUUGAGUUGACCAAUCAAACUCUGAAGGCGGAGCUUGAACGUUUAGGCCGGAGUUUGGACUCUGCCCGUCGAAGAGAGGAGGAGCUAGAAGCUGAGCUGAGGGAGUCUGGGCUCGAGAUCGAAUCUCUGAACAAGAGGCGGGAUGAGGCCAUGCUGGAGGUCACACGACUGGAGCAGGAGAGGGAGGUGUGUCAAUCUGAGCUGGACAGUCAACGGCGUGAGCAGAGACAGAAGGAGCGUGAGAUGGCCAGACUCCGGCAACAGCUGGAGAGCACCGCCUCGGCCCUGGAACACGGCAACCAGAGGGCCUGCAGCCUGGAGCUCCAGCACAGACGGGUGUGUCAAGAAGUUGCCCAGCUUAAAGAGACCUGCAUCCAACUAGAGGAACUGCAGAAGGAGAACCAAAAACUGAAUGCGUUAAAUGCUGAGAACAGCACACAGAUCACCUCUCUAACACAGGAGUUAACCAGUGAGAGAGUACAGUCCCAGAAGCUGACCACUCAGGUUGCUGAGUUAAACCAGUCACUUGAAGAGUUGGAAGCCAAGCUUAAAAUGGCCACCUCACAACUUGUACAGCUGCAAGCAGAGCAUGCUAGAGUAGUGUCAGAGGUCACCGCCUCUCCCCGCAAGUCAGGCACUGGGGUAACAGAAGAUUCUGAAUCAAACAGACAAAGUCCAGUGCAGAGAGAAAGUCCAGAGGAGGCACAUAUCAGCUCUGAGGUUCAGAUCACAGACAGCCAGAUCUUAGACCAUGCUGUCAUUGUCUCUUCCUCUGAGGACACAAAAACCCCUGAAGACAAAAAACCACAGAAUCCUAAAAUCAACAGUGAGAGCCAACACCCUGUCAGUGAGAAACUGAUAAAUUUGGAGAAGGAGAAUGCAGUGCUGCAGCGGGAACGGGAGGUGUUGCUGUCACAACUGGCACAGUCACAGGCAGCCUGCACUCAGCUGCGAGAACAGCUGGACACGCUGCAACGUCACUCCAUCAGCCUGCAGGAGAGCUGCUCUAAACUGCAGGACCUCAACACCAAACUACAGGUGGAGCAAGCUUCUCUAAGCUCCCAGAAUGCCUCAGUGUUGGCACAGUGCAGAGAGACCGAGGUGCGCUGCGCUACUCUAGAGGCUGAGUCAAAGGUGUGGCAGAAGGAGAAAGAAGAGUCAGCAGUGCGUUGUGAAUCAUUGAGACGGGAUCAUGAGAGGCUGACAGCGUUACAGCAGAGGCAGGAGGCAGAGCUAGAAGAGCUCCUGGCCAAGCACAGUCAGCUAAAGAGCAGCAGUCGAAAUGUAGAGGCUCAGUACAGAGAACUGGAAGCCAGACAUAAAGAGCUGAUGGAGAGCAAAGCUAAGCUGGAGGAGGCUGAGAAAGAGAUACAAGCAGAGAGAGAGAGAAUGGAGAGGGCCAUACAGGAGCAGGCCGACAGAGAGAAAGAGCUGGAAAGGCUCAAAAUGGAGAAUGAGAGGUAUAUGAACCAGCAGAAAGAGUGGGUCCAGGUGCAGUCGGAGUUACUGGCCCAGGUUUCGGUUCUGCGUAGUGAAAUGAGCACGGCCCAGCUAGAGCGAACCAAACUGGAGGGAGAACUCAACAUGCUCAAAGAACAGAACCAGCAACUUGACCUCAACAAUGUCCGCCUUAACAGCCAGUACCAGCUUCUUACUCAGCUGAAAGGGAAUAUGGAGGAGGAGAACAGGCACCUGGUAGAGCAGAACCAGAGUCUAGCCAAAGAGAACCGAGCCCUUCUGGAGCGCAGCCUUGAGAGCCGAGACCAGCACCACAACCAGCAGAGAGAGUACCUUGAUAAACUGAAUGAGCUACGCAGAGAGAAGCAGAAAUUGGUGGAGAAGAUAAUGGAUCAAUAUCGGGUUCUGGAGCCUGGCAUGUCUGCACCCAAACAACCCAAGAAGUCUAAUUGGAUCGCAGACCGUAUGAAGAAGCUGAUAAAGCCUAAAGGAGGCAGGGAAGGUCGAGCUCAGUUUAUCACUGUAGGCAGCAUGGACGUCCAGGAAGAGCCCGGAGACUCUGCGCUGCCCUCCUCCCUCGCAUCAGCUCUCAGUCAGGAGCGAGACCCCAGCAGUGCCCCGGGGUCUCCAUCAACCCUGAGGAGAGUGUCCUCUCAGGGAGACACAGAUGAGCCAUCCAAAGUGGUCCUGAGGACAGCGCGCCGUAAACUGGGCUCCUCCAGACAUGGCUGGGGUUUAGGCAGGGGUCGAGAGGGAGGUGUGUCCCAAUCCUUCAGUCCUGGAGACCAUCGCUCACGGCCAAUUCAGCGCUUAAACACGCCAUCCAGUGCCUUGUGGGAAAAAGACCAGGACGGGAGUCCAACGCCUAGUGAGGAGGGAAGAGGUGAGAGUGAAGAGAACAUCACUCCUGAGCACUCGGACGUUAGUCGUGUCUCCUCCGGAGCUGAAGAUUUACAUUCCAGUUUUGAAAAAACCCAGGAGUAGGAACGCCAGCGAGAUUCAAGCGACCUUACGACAUGUAUGAUCAUUUUUUGUUUAGUUUUUCAAAUUCAACAUUCAUUAACUAUUUUUUUGUAUACUAUUUUAUAAGCUUGUAGUAGUACAGGAUGGAUGUUUGUUGACUUGCAACUGGAUGGUUUUGCACUAUUAUUUAAAACAAAUCUAUUUUCAAUACAUCUUGAAUAAAUUCAUUUUUGUACAUUGAA